AUGAAAGGAUACAAGAUUGACCAACAGUCUCAACACAGCCCUGAUUCCCAUACCUCCUCAACAAGGUCACACGAUAGCGGUGUGGAAGAUGGAUCGACUAAGAAUGCAGUUCCGACAAAGCCAUUAUCACGGAAGACGUCCCGUAUGUCACAAUAUAAUGUAUCACCUGUAUUAGAGCAACUACAAAAUCUAAUUAUCUCGGAUGAAUGGGUCGGUAAAGAGGCAUCACCACAGUUUCAACCACAACUAACAAAAACUCGUUCUCGAGAAAGCCAACACCUCUCUGACCUCGGAAGGACACUUAUCACAUCGUCAUCACUCAAAGCUUACAUAGAUCUUCUUAGCAGCCAGCAUAAGCAGAGUAUCGCUUCGUGGUUAUAUGGAAAUACUAGUCAAGCGUUAGGUCAACAGUUCAGGUUCCCCGAAGCUAAUGUUUAUUGCUCUGAACCUGAAGCUACAUUGGCUCUCUCUGUUAGGAACGGAAUCGGGCACGCAAUUCGUUUGGCUCUUAAGGACACUUACGGUAGCGACUAUGUUGGCAAAGGAUGGAAGGCUUUUGUUGAACAGGGUGCACCAGUGAUCUACGUUACACCGGCUCUUCACAUGGAUCUGGCUUCGUACAUUGCCACGGAAUUUGGUAUUGCUGAUGUUGUGCUUUUGCCAAAACUCGAAGGAGACAUGAGCGAAAUCGAAGGAAGGAUUAAUCAUCAUGCUUUUGAACGUAUUCUGGAUGAAGAUGUCGCUGCUGGACGAAGACCUUUGUUAGUGGUGGCCGUUGUUGGAUCGACUAUCCUUGGACAAAAUGAUAUGGUCUCCAAGAUUCUUGAGAUAAGAAAAAAACAUCCGUUUUGGCUUCACACCGUUGGUCAGGCAAUGGCUGCUUUGACUCUGCGUGAGCCUGCAGAAGUGCUCGUACAUGUUCUCACACAAGUGGACAGCGUUACGCUCCCUCUAGCACUAUGGUUAGGCAUUCCUGCAGCACCUGUUGUUACGCUUCACCGAGCCGUAGAGGGACAUAAACUUUCGUAUCGAGAAAAACUCGAAACUUUACCGUGGUGGGUCGCCACACAAACAAUAACAAGCAAAGGUAUCACCGACAUUAUUGAAAACUCAUACUUACUGUGCAAAGUGAUGCUGAAAGGUCUCUCUUCAUUUCCACAAAUCGAAAUCAUUGGCAUGGAUAACGCUGUUGAAUUUGCCACCAAAGUUUGCAAAAAUCAAUAUACAGCUCCUACAGUACUUAUUUUCAAGUAUCGAUAUGCUGCUGCAAAAGAAGCAGCAAAGACUCUCCGGGAAUUGAGUCAAAAAUCGGAGGGUGAGAUCAAUAAGGAUGCUAUCGCACGUGCUGAAAACAUUUUCCGCAAUGAGGCUGAAUAUAGUGACUCGUUGAACUCAUGGUUAGGACAAGGUGUAGUAGCAGAAUGUCAGUCUCUGGGUAUUCAUAUAAUUGAACUUGGAGGCAGCUAUGGAGCCGCUUUUCGAUUCUGUCCGCUUGAGCACGCAGCAACAUUACAGUCUCAUGUGGAUCAUGUACAACAGUUCAUCAGAUUACUCGGUGGUGUCCUGAAAAUUGUACAUUCUACUGUAGCGGCCAGAGCAAAUUUUGCAAAACUCAAAAGCGAAUAUCCAUCACUUACGUUGCUUCCUAUUCAGAAAUGGGCUGGUGUCGGUGCUGUUUGCUAUGUACCAUCCAUUGUCAAAAGCAAAACACCUUCAGAUUGGGAUGAAAAGGAAAAACAACAGAUUUCACACAUGAAUUCGGAACUUGUACAUCAGUUGCGCUCCGUGGAUUCUGCUUUCUCAACCGGUGAAUCAUCGAUGUUCGGUGUUUACGAACGUGUAACUGGUCUAUACAAUGACUUGCGAUGGCUAGCCGAUGUGUCAAGUCAGUGUUUUCAUCCUCCCAGACAAGUCUGGUACCAAUUUAUCGACUACGAAGGGAUGAAAGGCUUGGUCCCACACUAUCUUACCGCUGCUUGCGGUUUCUUUGCGGUUUCUUGGGUUUACUGA